AUGUCCCCCUAUGACUCGGUGAAGGGCGCAUUAAACUUGGCAGUCGGGCAGUCAAUUGAUGCAAAAGUUGAACCAGACUUUUCAGUGAAAGUAGAAGUGUACACGCUCCUCGACGAUAGCAUCCAGUCCCUCGGCAAAUUCCACCAUGAAAGCUGCAACUUUCUGAUGACAAGACAAGCAAAGCUUGAGAUGAAAUUUGAAAAGUUACUCCAAGCAAUUCUCUUCUCGGGCCACAAGGAGGAUGAUUUUUAUGAAGUGAAGAUCUUCCUGGAAGUCGUCAAAAAACUACACGAUGAUUUUGAGAAGCUUCAAGAUUACUCUCGGUUAAAUCAAGAAGCUAUCCAGAGACUUUUCACGAAAAUAGAGAAGCUGGGCGGUUCCGAGAGCCUACUUUAUCGAAAACAAAAUUCUAAGUGGGCAAAAUCGCAAAUUGACCUUCGUACACAAUGUGCGAACUUCAUAGGCCAGUUCGAGGGUCUAAGGACUAGCGUCAUUGAAAGGUCCCCUGAUGGGUACCGACCCUCCACAAUAAAGGACCUGGUCAGUAAAUUCAAAUCGGAUGACCUGUCAAGCCUCGUCGCUCAAUAUGCGGCCCUAUAUCGCGCAAUCAGAACCGACGAGCCUUCAAGUUUGGCCCAUCCGCUCCAUGCUCUUUUGCGCGAUCCGUCUUCAGAGCAAGCCUCCAAUUCCUUCCUUUAUGAACUGGCGGGGCUUGCAGCAACCUGCCACUCUCAGCUUUGCUUUCGAUAUUUGUUAUCAGAAACGUUCACCAUGAAUGGUGUUGUAUUGGAUCACGAUUUGCUGAAUCAUGUCAUUAUCAUAGAAGGGGAACUGUGCCUUACACACGCAAACAAUGACUUGAAAGUAAGCAUCGAAUCCGGCAAGAAGAGACACGCUAGCCUGUUUGAUAUUGCGAUUGAAUAUCUUGCCUCUCGUAAGGAAGACGUUUUGUCUGCGCAAGACACGUUUGGCCGUCUUAGCCUUCAUUAUGGGGCACUACACGGCAUGGAUUUCAUAUGUCAAUCAAUUUUGGAUUAUUCUCAUGUCUGGGGCUUGGGCUCCGCGUCGAGGCUAAUCCUAACACCGGACUGGCAAGGAUUUACGCCAUUUCACUACGCGGUUAUUGAAAACCACGUAGGCGUUGCCAAAAUAUUUCUGGAAACUUUAAUUUCAGAAAUUGAAUCCGGACAGGUGGCUCAAACCGAAAGACUGUUGGAAAGUCUGAGUGAUAUGUUGAUCCUCGCUAUCAGAUAUCAGCAUGAUGGGAUUGUGUUCGUCCUCACAAAAAUAUCCUUUGACCUUCACGGAUGUUCGCUGUAUGGAGAGUCUGCGCUAUAUGUUGCCGCUCAGAUCGGCCGUAGCGACUAUGUGAGCGUGCUGCUGGAACACUCCAACGCUGUGUAUAUAGACACCGCCGAAAAGGUGCAUGGGUGGAAUCCAUUGUUUAUCGCUUGUGUGGAAGGCCACCAUACCAUUGUCGAGCUUCUUCUGCAAGCAGGAGCUAGUCAGGAUUUAUACGAUCAUCAUGGUUGGACCGCUAAGGAACAUGCUGCUUUGAGGGGCCAUCUCCAUGUCGCUGAGAUGCUGAAACCAUGGGAUACUGGCCACCUUACUGGUGGACCUGCCGGUAUGCCGCUGAAGUCCAAGUCUGCCGCCAGGUGUCGUCUUUCCAUGAGCAAAAAUCAUGUCAUUGUCAAUCUUGGUUCUUUGCGUAACGGCAAGCAUGUCGAAGCUGUGAACUUGAGAGGUUCCUCGCCGGACAAUUCACCUUACCCAAAACAUCUCACUUCGAUGAAUAUGUCAAUUUCAGUUGAGGAUACUUCACAGCGGGUAAAACUGCCCAUACUGAGCGAUAUGGUUAAUGAACCAUUUGUUUUUCCUGUCACUAACCCCAGUGAAGCCCGCCUAGCUUUCAAGCUUUACGCUAUAGACUCAUCGUGUGAAAAGUGCGAGCUAAUAGGCAGUGCUGCUUAUUUACCAGAGAGCGAUAAAGACUGCUUUGGAGCGAAUCGUGAGAGCCUCGUCAGAGAGCGAACUGUCCCGAUUCUGGAGAAGAGUACGAUGGAUAUUAUAGGAACCGUCACUUUCACCUUCGUCAUUGCUAAGCCAUUCAUGGGCUCAAAUACUCCCCCAUUGAUGAAACAGAAACUCUCGGCGGAGGGCCUACAACUUUUUGGUAAUGAUCCAUUCAAGUGGAACGCUCCUUUCGCCUUUGCUAACAUGCAGCCAGAUGUCCAGCUCACUAGAGACCUUUUACCUAUUAUUUAUCACGACUUCUCGUUGAGCGAAUCUGGAACCGACAUCCCUAUUCAUGAUCUCAGUCUCGAACAGGUCCGUCUCUUCGAACUUUAA